UUUUUAAAAAACGUAGUGACGUUAGCGGAAGUGAGGUGUUGUUCAGUUGCUAAGCUGCAGACGAGCAGCACCGGGACCGUCUGCGGGUUUCUGCCGCCGCAUCAUCGGAUCAGCUGCAGGCUGUCCACCGCUGACCGGCCGCAGCCGACAAACGGAGGUGUUUGACGCGCUAAAUGAAUUAACCUCAGCCGGGGUCCAGACAUAGCAGCCAGUCUCCCAAUAUGACCAGUAUGGCUGCCGCCAGCACCACCAAGAUUGCAUGGCGCCUGCAGGAGUUUGAGGCUCAUUCCAGCUCCGUUUCCUGUCUGGCUCUGGGGAAAAGCUCGGGCCGCCUGCUGGCCACAGGAGGAGAGGACUGCAGGGUCAACAUCUGGGCCGUCAGCAAGGCCAACUGCAUCAUGAGUUUGACUGGUCACAAGAACCCAGUGGAGUGUAUCCAGUUCAACAUGUCGGAGGAGCAGGUGGUGGCCGGGUCGCAGUCCGGAUCGAUACGAGUCUGGGACCUGGAGGCUGCCAAGAUUUUAAGGACUCUGAUGGGACACAAAGCCAACAUCACCAGUCUGGGCUUCCAUCCGUUCGGAGACUUCCUGGCCUCCAGCUCCAUGGACACAAACAUUAAGCUGUGGGACGUGCGGAGGAAGGGCUACGUGUUCAGGUAUAAGGGUCACACUCAGGCCGUGAGGAGUCUGGCCUUCAGUCCCGACGGGAAGUGGUUGGCAUCAGCGAGCGACGACUGCACCGUCAAGCUGUGGGACCUGGCUCAGGGGAAAACCAUCACAGAGUUCAAGUCUCACACCGGGCCCGUCAACAUCGUCCAGUUCCACCCCAACGAGUACCUGCUGGCGUCCGGCAGCUCCGACAGGUCCAUCAAGCUUUGGGAUCUGGAGAAGUUUACGAUGAUCGGCUCGUUGGAGGGUGACACGACUCCGGUCAGGUGUGUGUGUUUUAGCCCGGACGGCUCCUGCCUGUACAGCGGGGCCACGGACUCUUUGCGGGUCUUCGGCUGGGAGCCCGACCGCUGCUUCGACGUGGUGCUGGUGGGCUGGGGGAGGGUUUCUGACCUCGCUGUCUGCAACCAGCAACUGAUCGGUGUGUCUCACCAGCUGUCCAGUGUGUCAUCUUAUGUGGUCGAUCUGAAGAGGGUGAAGAAGAGCGGCGGUGCUGCGAUCCAGGGCGUCAUCCAGGACAGCCAGCCGCUCACAGAGCCGAAGAAAGAUCCCAAAGGAACGGCACUGCGAAAGAGCUACGAGAGACCCACGACCACCUGCGGCUCACAGAGGGUCAAGCACCGUUCAGAUUCUGAUAGGCGGAGCCCCGAAGGUGAGAGGCGGAGCCCCAGUGAGGACGAGGCGGAAGAGAAGCUGUCGUCGGCCGAGAUCCACAACGCCGAAGACUACAAGGCGAUCUUCCAGCCAAAGAACGCCAUCUCUCGCACUCCUCCUAAGAUGUCCGAGCCGUUCCCCGCUCCUCCGGAGGACGAGUCCAUUUUGGCAAUCGGCCGGCAGCUGAAGGACGUGAUAUCUCCUUUUCCAGCCAAACAGCAGGCUCCUCCGCUGGCCUCCUCCACUCCCGUGCAGAGGGUGGAGCCUACGGUCGUCUCCUCUGCAAAGCGUCCGGCUCCUCCAGCUGCGGGCACGGCGUCCUCCGCUCCCCCCGCCUCCACCCAGCCCCCCUUCACCACAGCCAAGACGAAACCGGAACCUAAAAUCAUCCCGAGCACCAGGAACGAGCCCAUCGGACUGAACGUGGCCGACUUCCUGCCCUCUUCGCCCAGCAGCAGAUCCGCAGCUCUGAACGACGAAGAGGCCCUGACCCAGAUCAGGAAGGGUCACGACACCAUGUGUGUGAUGCUGAGCAGCCGACAUAAGAACCUGCAGACGGUCCGAGCCAUGUGGGCCCGAGAGGACAUCAAGAUGGCUCUGGACACCGCUGUCUCCAUGAAUGAUCUGUCCAUCGUUGUGGACAUCCUGAACAUCAUCAACCUCCAGCCCUCUUUGUGGAAGCUGGACGUGUGCGUGACCAUCCUGCCUCAGCUCGACAAACUGCUGCAGAGCAAAUACGAGAGCUACAUGCAGACCGGCUGCACGUCUCUGAGGCUCGUCAUGAAGCACUUCUGGACGCUGAUCUCUGACACUCUGAAGGCCACGCCGUCCGUCGGGGUCGACAUCACACGAGAGGAGCGACACCACAAGUGUCGAGUGUGCUGCAAGCAGCUGAAGAACCUGAGCAACAUCGCCAAGAACAAGGCGGCGCAGGUCGGCCGUCACGGCAGCGCCUUCAAGGAGCUGCAGCUGCUCAUGGCGCCGCUCGACGACUCGCCCUGAGGACGCCGCCGCAGAUCGGCCGACCUGCAGCACCUGCGCUUUGUGCGUCCUUUUGUUAUGACACAGACCCUCCGGAGACCUCCGUCACAGAGGAAGACAUGCUUUGAUUCAGAAGACAUUAGACUCCUUCAGUCUUCCUCAGAAUCAGAGGAAGAGGAGAAAUCAAACUUCAGCUGUGGAGGAAUCGGCGUCUCGGUUCUCGGUGGGAAAUCGCAGAUGUUGGCGGUGAUGUGCCGUCAAGAGGUUUGAAUGUUUAAAAAGUGCUCGCAGCAUGAGUGCUCAUGAAAGGCCGGAGUGAAGAGCCAAUCAGCUGAAAACUGAGAAACCGCCCUGAAGCUCGACCACGUCCGAGUCUCUGCGUUUAAUCUCGUAAACCAGCAACACGUUUGUGCAAAGUCGCUGUGAGCAGCAGGACCUCAAACACACCAGCUCACACUGCACACUUUUCUACUGUUCAGCCUUCCUGUGUUCAUGUUGUUUAUUUAAAUAAAGACAGCUGUUGGAAAUAAA